GGAGUUCCGUUUGUCGUCUCCCCCCUAUGUAACAGAAUAUAUAGGUGACAGAGGUCAGACUCACUGGCACCAUCUCUCCUGCAUUGAGGGUGGCGGUGUACGAAAUGGCGGGGAACAACGAGCCCUUGCUGAAGAAGAAGGUCUACUUCGACAACUGCCCGGGUUGUAAGCAAGAUAGGAAGAACGAGGCCAGCCUUGGAAUCCCCUAUAAAGAGUUCUUCUAUGUAUGGAUCGUCACCCUCUGCACAGCUUUGCCAAUAUCAUCAUUGUUUCCUUUCUUAUAUUUCAUGAUUAAAGACUUGCAUGUUGCCAAAAGAGAAGAAGAUAUUGGGUUUUAUGCAGGGUUUGUUGGAGCUUCAUUUAUGGUUGGAAGAGCUUUAACUUCCCUAUUGUGGGGAAUGGUUGCUGACCGAUAUGGAAGGAAACCUGUUAUAGUGCUUAGCAUCAUCUCUGUGAUCAUUUUCAACACUCUGUUUGGGCUGAGUACAAGUUACUGGAUGACAAUUACAACAAGAUUUCUACUUGGAUUGCUAAAUGGUUUAAGUGGUCCAAUAAAGGCUUACUCUAUAGAAGUUUGUAGGGAAGAAUAUCAAGCUCUUGGAGCAACACUAGUAUCCACAGCAUGGGGUAUAGGUUUGAUAGUUGGCCCAGCUAUUGGGGGCUACUUUGCUCAGCCUGCAGAAAAAUAUCCCGAGAUAUUUUCUCAAGAUUCCUUCUUUGCAAGGUUUCCUUACUUCUUGCCCUGUCUUUGUAUAUCACUCUUUGCUGUUGGAGUUCUCAUAGCUUCUGUAUGGCUUCCAGAGACAUUGCAUAAGCACAAUUCAGAUCAAGUAAAAGGUGUGUCAAUUGAAGAUUUGGAGACUACUCAAUACAAGCCUGACUUUAAAGGACAUAUAGGUGUACAUGAAGAAAGUGGUUUACCACGAAAGGAGAACUUAUUUAAGAAUUGGCCAUUGAUGUCAUCCAUCAUUGUCUAUUGCAUUUUUUCUCUUCAUGAUAUGGCUUACAGUGAGAUAUUCUCAUUAUGGGCUGUUAGUGGUAAAAGGUACGGAGGACUAAGCUUUUCAACUAAAGAUGUUGGUGAAAUACUCGCUGUCUCAGGGUUGGGUCUUCUAGUAUUCCAAACACUUCUUUACCCUCCACUUGAGAAACUUGUAGGACCCAUCAACUCAUUGCGACUUGCUGCAAUUUUAUCUAUACCUUUGCUUGUUGCUUAUCCAUUUAUGGCAAAGAUGUCAGGGCUUCCUCUCAUGUUGAUAGUGAAUUUGGCAUCCUUGCUGAAGAAUACUUUUUCUGUAACUAUCGUCACUGGAUUGUUCAUUUUGCAAAACAUUGCUGUGGCUCAAGAUCAAAGAGGAGCUGCAAAUGGCAUAGCUGUGACUACAAUGUCCAUUUUUAAAGCAAUUGCUCCAGCAGCUGGUGGUGCUAUAUUUUCUUGGGCACAAAAGCGCCAACAUGCUUCCUUCCUUCCAGUGACGCAAGAUGCUUCGAUCAGGAUGAGACAAUUAAAGCAGGAAGAAUCAUGUUGGGCUGGUGAAACAUGUCAGAAGAUUGGAUGUCGGGUCGGAGGAUCAGUCGAUGUAUCGACAGAAGGCUUCGGGCCAUAGAUUCGGGCAUCGGGCCAAAAAGAGCAGAUAUUGCGCCAAGGAUAUCGGAGUUACGGAGUCAACUGGCCGAUUGGGCAAUAGGCCGCUAGAGAGGACGAUGCGCCGAAGAAUCGGACGAAGCGUCGAUGGACCAAUGAUAUACCGGACAGCAUGAUUCAAGCUUAGUAAUAAUUGUCUAGAUCGAAGUGUGUUUUUACAUGUGCAGGAUUAACUACGAUAGCAAGACAUAAAGCAAAAUGAAGUCCCGGAGUCAAGAACGUGAUUUCGUUGGGAGUUCGAGAGUUCGUCAGAAGUCCGGACGUUCGUCGAAAGUUCUGCAGGAACCAGCCGAGAGUCUCGGAGCUUGACAAAGAAGCUCGUCGGAACUCACCAAGAAGAUUGUCAUGAAGUCCAGGAGCUUGCCGGAAGUCCGCUGGAACAUUGUCGAGAGAUCAUCGGAAGUUCGCCGGAAGAUCGUUGGAAGAAACUAGACUUACGGACUUGUUUAGCUUAGGAAAUAUUUUAGAAUUCGUAGUUAGCACGUAAUUGAGAUUGGAUUUGGGUCAACCCAAUUAUGGGCCAAUUGAGCUCAUGUAAGGAUUAUGUUGGGCCCAAUAAAAGGCCCAAACAGUGACCCAAGAAGUGGCACUGUCGUGACAUAAUCUUCGUGACUGUGUCAGGCGGUGGUAUCGCCAGUCUGGGUGGUGGUACCGCCCAGUGGCCCAGUGUCAGGUGGUAGUAUUGCCAGACUGGGCGGUGGUACUGCCCAAUGUAGUGUUAGUGUCAGAGUGACACUAGCGGUGGUACCGUCCAAACCUAGGAAACCCGGGAUGAGAUGUUUUUAGGCUCUAAGUUUGAAUCAACUUGAGGCCUAUAAAUGCCCCUCUCAUCCUUAGUUAAGAGACACAAGACUUGAGAGUAAAAAUAGAAAGAAACGCUGCUGCAAUCAUGUGUGAACUCCACUCAAAAGUUUUAAGUGUUAGAAUAGUGUGAGAGAGGAGUAAGUGGGGGUGUAAGGGUUAUCUCCUAAACCCGGUAAAAGGAGAAUCGAGUUGUAAAAAAUGGUUGGUCUUCGCCUAUUGAAGGAAGACCGAUAGUAGAUGUCGAUGGCCUCGACGGAAGAGGAAUCGGUGAAGUGGAUGUAUGCCAUGACGACCGAACCACUAAAAAAAUCUGAUUUGUCUUUACUUUAAACUGCAAAUUGCCUUCUCAUUAUUUGCUACGUUCUUCCAUACGCUUUCAAUCUAAGCAUAUUUCUGGAAUCAGUUUUCAACGUACGAAAGAAUUUUCAGAAACCAACGUACGAAAGAAUUUUCAGAAACCAACGUGAUUUUACUGCUGCACUAAUUCACCCCCCUCCCCCCCUCUCCUCUUAGUGUUGACCGUUCCUAACAAAGAAGCCACUACAGUGUUACAGAACCUUCCCUUCCUUUUUUGUUCAUCUGAUUACUCUACUAAAUGUUACCUAGUGCCUUAACUUUGACUACAAUCAAAGUUUCCUUUGUUAAAGUUGACUACUAAACACUUCAGAUGACAAUAUGUUUGUGUACCUUGGUUUUCUGUCAAUAGUCAUCCAUUUAAUUUUUAAGAUUUUGAGACUAAUUUAUUCAUAGGAUUUUGAAAAUGAGCUUCAGUUCUUGUUGCAUCAAUAUCGAGAGUAAAUGCAGUAUUUUGGGUCUUCCAAAAUUCAGUGACAACAAUGCAACCCAAGUUUACUUGAGGAAGUUAUAUUAGAAUUUAAUAUUAAGAAUGAGAACUGACUUGGUUUUGUAGUGUAAAGUGAUAUUGGUCUAUAAGAUCAAUAGUGGAUUAUAACUCGCUGAUGCAAACUAUUGAAAUAACUUGUAAGACAAUUUCUUUGUCAUUUAUACUCUAUCCAGCAGAAAAAUAAAUUACUCAGACAGCUAGCAUGAAUACUAAUUAAGUCUCACAAGAAUAUAAUUUUAUGGUAUUCGCAGUCAUAAUGCUUUUCAAUAUAACACUAAAGUAGAGGAAAAAUUUUAAUGUUGGUUGAGAAGUUAGCUAAAACAUGAAGGAAAAUAGCAAAGAAACAAAUGACACGGCAUAAUCUUGAUUGUGUUAUCUUUGCUUUAAAAAGGGAAAAAACAGUAGGAUGGGGUAGAAGCCACGGAUAGAUGAAACGGAGAUUAUAAAUGAAGAAUGUCCUACAACUGAAGUGUUGAUCAACCAAAUGCAGUUCCUGUUUGCAUCAAGAACUAUUCAGUAUUUCCUUGCUAGCAAUUUAAGUUGAUUAUUUACACACCUGUUCAUUAAUGUUAAUAUGCAUCUUGCAGUUUUACCAAUGACAACUCCUGCUAAGAUUAUGCAAUACCUUCCACUUGCAACGCUGCACUAGCCAAUUUCAGUUCUACAUUAACUCCAUUAUUUUGUGUUAUUCUGACAUUAAUUUAUCAUUUUUUAAAAUUCUUCUUCAUUGUAUUUGUCUUAAUC